GCCGGCUCCGGGCACCGUGGCGAUCGCCUCCGUUCCGUUCCGGAUGCGGUCCUUGCGGAGCGGAGCCCCCGCGCCGGCUGGCAGGAGGCAGCUGCGUUGCUCGGCCGCGUCUCCGAGCCGGCGGGCCCUCCUCCGCGCACAUCUGGCCCGCCUCCCCCGGGCGCAGCGGGGAGCCCCGCGUCUCCGGAGCCGGCAGUGCGCUCGGCGCGCGUAGAGCCCCGCGAGCCCCAGCCGGGCCCGGGGCCGGGCGGGCCGAGGCGGCCGCCGGGGAGCAGCUGCACCCGCCAAACUUUGGGUGCUGGAGCGCGCGCGCGCCCGAGCCCCGAGGCGCAGCGGCCGGCCCGGGAUGGGGGCUGCGGGCCAGGGAGCCCCGGGCCGCCCAGCGCGCCCGGCCACCCGCCCGGCGGGCUCCGAGCCGCCUCUGCCCGCGUCCCGGGCUCCGCAGCCCCGCCACCCCGGCGCUGCCUGCGCCAGCGCCCGCUAGCCAGCCCGGGAGCAGCCGGAGCCCUGCGCCUGGAGGCGCCCCUGCGUGGGCCACCGGGAGCCACUCUUCGCUCGGGUAAACAGGAAAGGAAAUACCCCUUGUGGAUUAAAAUUUAAAAAAAAAAUUCUGUUGGGGGCGAAGGAGGGAGGUGGGGUUUGCCUGCGCGCGUGUUGGACUCCGGAGAGCAACUCAGGAGCCCGCGCGGUCGUCGCCUCCCGGCCUGGCCAUGGACUGGCGGGAGGAGGGAGCAGGGCGCCCGGGCUGCUCGGGCCCCUAGCCGGGCGCUCCCUCGCCACCGGCCCCGCUGCGGGCCUCUAGGGGACUGAGACGGUCUCUUCUUCGCCUGGACGGCGCCGGGGAGUGGAGGAUCUGCGCUCCGGGUCUCCAGGAUGUGCCCGUCUGAGAUGGGAACGCUGUGGCACCACUGGUCGCCUGUGCUCAUCAGCCUGGCCGCCCUGUUUUCCAAAGUGACGGAAGGUCGAGGGAUCCUUGAGAGCAUCCAGAGGUUUUCCUUGCUGCCCACCUACCUCCCCGUGACCUACCACAUCAACAACGCGGACGUUUCCUUCUUCCUGAAGGAGGCCAACCAGGAUAUCAUGAGGAACUCCAGCCUGCAGUCCCGGGUGGAGUCAUUUCUGAUUUACAAAUCCAGGAGGCUGCCUGUUCUCAAUGCCAGCUACGGGCCUUUCUCCAUCGAGCAAGUGGUGCCCCAGGAUUUAAUGCUACCUUCCAACCCAUUUGGAUUCACCAACAAAUUUUCUCUUAACUGGAAACUAAAAGCCCACAUCCUGCGGGACAAAGUUUACCUGAGCCGGCCCAAAGUGCAGGUUCUUUUCCACAUCGUGGGCAGAGACUGGGACCACCGCAGCGCCGGGGAGAAGCUGCCGUGCCUGAGGGUCUUUGCUUUCCGAGAGACCCGAGAGGUGCGGGGCAGCUGCCGGCUGCAGGGGGAUCUGGGGCUGUGCGUGGCAGAGCUGGAGCUCCUGUCCAGCUGGUUCAGCCCCCCCACAGUGGUUGCCGGGAGGAAGAAGUCCGUGGACCAGCCAGAGGGGACCCCCGUGGAGCUCUACUACACUGUGCACCCAGGGGGUGAGAGAGGGGACUGCGUCAGGGAAGAUGCGAGGAAAAGCAAUGGGAUCCGGACAGGCCACAGUGACAUCGAUGAGUCCGGGCCCCCCUUGCAGAGGAUCGGGAGCAUCUUCCUUUAUCAGACAUACAGGAAACCUUCCCUGAGAGAACUGCGUCUGGACAACAGCGUGGCCAUCCACUAUAUACCAAAGACCGUGAGGAAAGGAGACGUGCUGACUUUUCCUGUUUCCAUCUCCAGAAAUUCCACUGAAGAUCGCUUCACGUUGAGGGCAAAGGUGAAGAAAGGCGUGAACAUCAUCGGCGUGCGAGCCAGCAGCCCUUCCAUUUGGGAUGUCAAGGAGCGCACAGAUUAUACUGGAAAGUAUGCACCAGCUGUCAUCGUUUGUCAGAAGAAAGCGGCUGGCUCGGAAAACAGUGCGGAUGGCGCCUCCUACGAGGUCAUGCAGAUCGACGUGGAGGUGGAAGAGCCCAGUGACCUGCCAGCCACACAGCUGGUCACGUGGCAGGUCGAGUACCCCGGAGAGAUCACGUCUGACUUGGGAGUGUCCAAGAUCUAUGUGAGCCCGAAGGACUUGAUUGGAGUUGUGCCACUGGCUAUGGAGGCAGAAAUCCUGAACACAGCCAUCCUCACGGGGAAGACAGUGGCUGUCCCGGUGAAAGUGGUCUCCGUGGAGGACGACGGCACAGUGACAGAGCUGCUGGAGUCUGUAGAGUGUAGAUCAUCUGAUGAAGACGUGAUUAAGGUUUCUGACAGAUGUGACUACAUCUUUGUCAAUGGGAAAGAAAUGAAAGGCAAGGUCAACGUGGUGGUGAACUUCACCUACCAGCACCUGAGCAGCCCCCUGGAGAUGACGGUGUGGGUGCCCCGGCUUCCACUGCAGAUCGAGGUCUCCGACACCGAGCUCAAUCAGAUCAAGGGCUGGAGAGUGCCCAUCGUCUCCAGCAGGAGGCCUGCCGGGGACAGUGAAGAGGAGGAGGAUGAUGAGCGGAGGGGCCGCGGCUGCACUCUGCAGUACCAGCACGCCAUGGUGCGGGUCCUGACGCAGUUUGUGGCCGAGGCGGCCGGCCCUGGGGGACACCUGGCCCACCUGCUGGGCUCAGACUGGCAAGUGGACAUCACGGAGCUGAUAAAUGACUUCAUGCAGGUGGAGGAGCCCAGGAUCGCCAAGCUGCAAGGCGGACAGAUCCUGAUGGGGCAGGAGCUUGGGAUGACCACCAUUCAGAUCCUGUCUCCUCUGUCAGACACCAUCCUCGCUGAAAAGACCAUCACUGUGCUGGACGAGAAGGUGACCAUCACAGACCUCGGGGUGCAGCUGGUGACAGGGCUGUCGCUCUCCUUGCAGCUCAGCCCAGGAAGCAACAGGGCCAUCUUUGCCACUGCAGUGGCUCAGGAACUUCUGCAGAGGCCAAAACAGGAAGCAGCCAUCAGUUGCUGGGUCCAGUUCAGUGAUGGCUCAGUCACACCCUUGGAUAUUUAUGAUGGGAAAGACUUCUCCUUGAUGGCCACAUCUUUGGAUGAGAAGGUGGUCUCCAUCCACCAAGACCCCAAAUUCAAGUGGCCUAUCAUUGCUGCGGAAACUGAAGGACAAGGCUCCCUGGUCAAGGUGGAAAUGGUUAUUAGUGAAUCCUGCCAGAAAUCCAAGCGGAAGAGCGUGUUAGCUGUUGGAACGGCAAACAUCAAAGUUAAACUUGGCCAAAACGAUGCUAACCCCAACACCAGUGACAGCAGACACACAGGGGCAGGGGUUCACAUGGAAAACAAUGUCAGUGACAGAAGGCCCAAAAAACCCUUGCAGGAAUGGGGGAGUCAGGAAGGACAGUACUAUGGCAGUUCUUCCAUGGGACUCAUGGAGGGACGGGGCACCACGACAGACAGGUCCAUCCUGCAGAAGAAGAAAGGCCAGGAAAGCCUUUUAGAUGACAACAGCCACUUGCAGACCAUCCCCAGCGACCUCACCAGCUUCCCAGCCCAGGUGGACCUCCCCAGAAGCAAUGGGGAAAUGGAUGGGAAUGACCUGAUGCAGUCAUCCAAAGGGCUGAGCGACUUAGAAAUUGGGAUGUAUGCUUUGUUGGGAGUCUUCUGUUUGGCCAUUUUGGUCUUCUUGAUAAACUGUGUGACCUUUGCAUUAAAAUACAGACACAAACAGGUUCCCUUCGAGGAGCAGGAAGGGAUGAGUCACUCUCAUGACUGGGUUGGGUUAAGCAACCGGACAGAGCUGUUGGAGAAUCACGUCAACUUUGCCUCCUCGCAAGACGAGCAAAUCACUGCCAUUGACAGGGGCAUGGAUUUCGAGGAAAGUAAAUAUCUCCUCAGUACAAACUCCCAAAAAAGCAUCAAUGGGCAGCUGUUCAAACCUUUGGGACCCAUCAUCAUUGAUGGGAAAGAUCAGAAAAGUGAGCCCCCAACAUCCCCUACCUCAAAAAGGAAAAGGGUGAAAUUUACCACCUUCACCGCCGUCUCCUCGGACGACGAGUACCCCACCAGGAACUCCAUCGUGAUGAGUAGCGAGGAUGAUAUUAAGUGGGUCUGCCAGGAUCUGGACCCUGGGGACUGCAAAGAGCUGCACAACUACAUGGAGAGGUUACAUGAAAAUGUGUAAGCCAGACACACACAGACAUUGGUUCUCACUCACCUUUCAGCCUUUAAUU